CGUUAAAGCACACAUCAUCGGAUUGAUAAGUGUAAUACCUUUAUCUGCUUCUUGAUAGGGAUAAGGUGAUAGAUAAUUCCCCAACUAGUCCGUGAGAAUCGUCGAGUGAAAAAGGCAAGAAAAGGCGGAAAAACAUGACGAAGGUGUUUUAUUUGUUGGUAUUGGCAACGGCAGGUUUGGAAUUGGCUGCUAGCCAGACGAUCAGCUGUUACGACUGUGACCCGCAGAAUUUCGCAAGUGGCUGCGGCGACCCGGUUGGUAACGCUGUUAGAUCAUCACCCUGUACUGUAGACGCUGACGUUGUCAACGGAACCUCAAUUUGCGUUUCCGCAUUUUUAAAUGUUACAGGAGGUACUACCAACGCGACGGGCAUAUACAGGGGUUGCCGCACCUUAGGACCAGCCGUAGCAGACUUCUGCGACUGGUUCAGGCAAGAGACACAAAAUGCUAACACCACAGUCCUCACCUGUGUGUCGUGUAACACCACCAGGUGUAACACCAUCGGUUUCACAGAUGCCGGAGGCAGCGGCGCCCACAAUAUUUUCGCUUCCAGUGUCUUCAUCCUCAUCUUCAACGCUGUACUUGUAACGCUACUCAGCGGGAGAGAGUGACAGGCGAAAGUGCACAGUUUGCUAUUAGUUACACGAGUAUUUGCUCUCGAGGGUUUUGUAAAUACUUUUUUUUUCUUUUAUAUUUUGCAAAUUAUAUUGAAAAUAUUGCAAAGCUUCUUUUACACGCAACCCGAUAUGUGUCCUUAAAACCAUUUUUUUUUUUAAUUUAAAUAAAUCGAUGAAGUAAUA